GAUACUACCUAUGGUAUCAACAUGAUCGAUACUUGAGUCGCCCUGCCCAGUCCACCGUGCGUGUACACUACAUCAGCGCUGCUGAGACGUUACUACGGGAGAUGUGUUGAACAAAUGGAAUACUUUAAAGUACACCAGUGUUCAGCAACAAUGUGCACACAAUGGAAGCACACACAACAUUGUCGGAUCAACAACACCCACGCCAUAAAGAUGAGCACUCAGGCAAAGUCCAAACACGUGAUUUUGGGGGACAACACGGAGGCUGCCGUUUUGCGGGUUUCCCAACAACGCAAGCAGCAGCGGAGCAGCAGCAGCAGGAGGAGCAGAGACAAAGUCCAUGUUUCCCAUCCUGAUGUCGGGGAAGAGCGCGCCACAAACACCCAAAGAGUCAGUGCAGUCGUCGACUCAGACUCAGACUUGUCUGACACUGAGAGAUCUUCUGUGUUGCCUUCAGGUGGACUUCCUCCGCAACUUGAGCUGCGACCGGAGGUCAUCCCGACAGAAGACCGUUCCCCUCGAGGUGCCCCACGCGGUCCUAAGGGGUACGGCUUCCCCGAUGUGCUUCCUCCGCCGUUUAACUCGUGGAGCCUCGGCCAGCUGUCCGCGUUCUACAGCGCGGAGAAGCGCGGAGCCCUGCGGCGUAAGCCCGUCGGCCCGCUGGAGAGGUUCUUGGAGAGGCUGCUAGAAUUGGAGCGGCGACGUUUUCAGACCGUCCUGGAGGAGCGCGGGGGCCCCACGGCUCCGUCCGCGGCGCGGAGCUGCCAUGGGUCGGCUAAGAAUGCGACAUCACGCCUCAGCUCUCCAAAGCGUAUCCUUCAAUGUCAGCGUGCCUUCCCUCUUACCUUCCUCUCCUCGCCGGCACCUCCUUCCGCCGCGCUCUCCGGCUGUGCCUGCACGCAGUGCCAGCUCCACUACGCUUCCUGCGCCCUUUUGUGCUGCCGCUCUCAGCACCGAGGCGCCCCGUCUCUCCCCAAAAGAAGUUGCAGCGAGAGUCGCGCGCGCGCAGGAGAAACGCCACCGCCUGCCAGAUUAAACGGCUCUGUGACCACCAACGGCCACAUGAGGAGGAUGCAAGCUCUGGGGAACAUCCGCCAUCCCGUCCAAGCUGCGGACAGCAAACCCGUUAGGUGCAAGAGUGCCACGAGGAGAGGGAGAGAGCACCCGGCAGCUCUUACGAGCAACACAUCAGACUUGACGAGGGGAAGAAGUGUCUCCGAGCGCAGGAAGAGUGCAGAGAAGCAGCCGUACCUGAGUAAAAGAUCGAACACUUUCCGGGAAAAUGACUAUGUAGAACUCAGUUUCUUGACUUGAAUACGACCAGGAGGAUCAAAGGUGUGUACUUAGAUGACACAAGUUUAUUGUGUAACUUAGAGGUGUCAAACGUACGGCCUGAGGGCCGGAUCAGGCUCGCGUACAGGUUUUAUCCGGCCCGCGGGAUGAGUUUGCUAAGUAUAAGAAUGAACCAGUGUCACACCUAUGAAUCAUGUUUUGUUUUUGUCAUGUUUGGUCAUGUUAUAUUUUGUUUUUUGGACACUCAGUUAUGUUUUUGCAGUUCCUGGUUUGUUUUGGUCUCCAUGCCAACUCAUAGAUUUUCACCUUGCUCUCAAGUCACGCCCCUGUCCUCAGCCCUCACACCUGUUAAUAAUGAUCGCAGUUAUUAUUUAAGCCAGAGUUACCAGGUAGUCGGCCUGGCAACUUCACUUUACCCACAUUUCCCAACUCCUUUCAUGCCAAAGACCAUGCUCUUCAUUUUGUCCACGCCACGUAAGUUUUUGUUGUUUAUGCCACAGUGCAAGUGUUUUUUUCAUGUUUAUAGUUAUAGCCUAUGUUCUUGUCAUUUGUUUUUGUAGUCAAGUAUUUGUUCUCCGCCAUUGUGUGCGCCCUUUGUUUUCCUGUCUUUGAAUUAUAGUGUUUAAAUGAAUCAAAAUGUACUCGCACUCACGUCUGGCUCGUCCUAAAUUCCCUCUGCGACGAAGAAGCAUAACAAGUCCAUGUCCUUGUUUGACAACCAGAAAUUUUUGAGUGAAAGAAACUGCUGUUCUAAAUGUGUCCACUGAGUGUCGCAAUAGCAAUUUGUAGAUGAUGCUACAUAUGUACAAAAUAGACCACAUGAUAUUAGUACAUCAGUCGAGGAAAAUGAUCAAGCUACAUAAAUAAUCUUCCUGCAAUUGGAUUUUGAUAUCAUUUUUUAUCUUGAUAGAUUAAAAAUUAACACCAAUGAGUUGACUGAUGGGCAGCACGGUGGAACAGGGGUUAGUGCAUGUGCCCCACAAUACAAAGGUCCUAAGUAGUCCUGAGUUCAGGUCCGGGCUUGGGAUUAAUCCCCUGAGUUUGCAUGUUUUCCCCGUGACUGCGUGGGUUUCGUCCGCGUCCUCCGGCUUCAUCCCACCGCAAAGACAUGCACCUGGGGAUAGGUUGAUUGGCAGCACUAAAUUGGCCCUAGUGUGUGAAUGUUGUCUAUCUGUGUUGGCCCUGUGAUGAGGUGGCGACUUGUCCAGGGUGUACGCCGCCUUCUGCCCUAAUGCAGCUGAGAUAGGCUCCCGCAACCCCCCGUGACCCCAAAAGGGACAUGCUGUAGAAAAUGGAUGGAUGGAUGGAAAAUAUUAACCGCUACAUGUAAGUGUAAAAAAAAAAAACCCAACAAUAUUAGGAUUUCUACAUUUUUGCUCGUUCUAUUUUCAAACAAAGAAAACAAUCCGAAGUUGUCUUUAUUUUUAAGUUAUCGUGCCGUGAUUUUACAAGUCCAGGCCCACUUGGGAGUAGAUUUUUCUCCAUGUGCCCCCACCUACCCCCCUCCCCCAUAUAAAAUGAGUUUGACACCCCUGGUGUAACUACUCGACUCAAGGUGUGUCUCGAUCGUGCAGUCGUGUACUUACACAUUCGUUUGAGUGCACAAGUGUGGCAAAAUGCUUUAGUGAUGGACACUUAGCACACAUUAAGAAAUGCAUCUUAGCUUUGUACAAACAGGGGGACUCUGUGUGUUCUGUCAGGUUCAAACACUGAUGACAUCUAUUAAACAGACAAGAAGAAAGGAAUCAUGCGGAGACAGAGUUAAAUUUAGCUUAAUGAGGGGAAACGUUUUGGGCUGUACUCUUGGUUACAAAACCAACCAACCUACGCUGUAAGGUAGUGGUUCUCAAAUGGGGGUACGUGUACCCCUGCAGGUACUUGAAGGUAUGCCAAGGGGUACGUGAGAUUUUUUAAAAAAUAUUCUAAAAAUAGCAACAAUUCAAAAAUACUUUAUAAAUAUAUUUAUUGAAUAAUACUUCAACACAAUAUGAAUUUUAAGUUCAAAAACUGUGAAAAAACACAACAAUGCAAUAUUCAGUGUUGACAGCUAGAUUUUUUUCUGGACAUGUUCCAUAAAUAUUGAUGUUAAAGAUUAAUUUUUUUUGUGGAGAUAUGUUUACAAUUAAGUUCAUAAAUCCAAAUGGAUCUCUAUUACAAUCCCCAAAGAGGGCACUUUAAGUUGAUGAUUACUUCUAUGUGUAGAAAUCUUUAUUUAUAAUUGAAUCACUUGUUUAUUUUUCAACCAGUUUUUUAGUCAUUUUUAUAUCUGUUUUUCCAAAUAGUUCAAGAAAGACCACUACAAAUGAACAAUAUUUUGCACUGUUAUACAAUUUAAUAAAUCAGAAACUGAUGACAUUGUGCUUUAUUUAACC